AUGCCUAGCAAGCGUACACUUCUGUGGGACUACACCCUGACUAGGGAUUUCCCCAGCACCCAAGGGAUCAAAGACACCGUUGGGACUUUCAAGGCCAAUGGCCUCCUGACAAAUGUCAUCAACUGGAACGCAUGGCGGCCGACAGAGCUGCCUGCCUUCUUUCACUUCCAGCCCAUGGUGCGCACGGCGGCACAGCUCGAGGGCAACGAGUGGGAGAUGAUCAAGACGAGCGUCAAGAAUGAGAUGGCAAAGCCCGGAAACGGCGAGGUCAUUGUUCUCACGUUUAACGAGCCGGAGCGCAUCCCGCUCGCGCCGGGCCGUGCCGCCGAGCUGUGGCGCCAGAAGAUCCUCCCGUUGCGCAAGCAGCAUGGAGCGCGGCUGAAGCUCGUGUCUCCCUCGUGCGCCUCGGAUCCGGCGGGCAGCAAGUGGCUGGAGGACUUCAUGAAGAUCCUGGGCGGCGGCGAGAAGCCCGACUACCUUGGCGCCCACUUCUACACCGCCCAGAACCAACCGGCCGACCAAGGAGUUAACUCGGCCAAGAGCUACUUGACCUCUCUGCAUAGCAAGUACAACCUCCCCAUUAUCGUCUCGGAGAUUGCCAGCACGAGCCGUAAUGGCGGCGAUGUCGAGAAGUUCAGCCGCGACAUUGCCGGUUGGAUGGAUGGGCAGCCCUGGAUCAAGCAGUACGCCUUCUUCGGCGCAAUGCGCCAGGUAGCAGAUGGUUUUGUGAGCCCAGCUGCCCAGCUUCUGGACCAGGCUGGACACUGGACCAAACUGGGUAAGUGGUGGGCUGGUGUUUAA